UUUAGAAGGUGUUAAUUAGGAGCCAGGGUGGUGGCCGCUCCCUCUUUCCUAGCUGGGCUGUAGGCUUGAGCAGCACGGAGGGGAUGUGGAUCCCUGGAGCGGCACCGGGGCCGCGUGCGAGGCACAAGGCUCCCUAAAAGAUGGGUGACUGGGGAUUCCUGGAGAAACUGCUGGACCAAGUCCAGGAGCACUCGACCGUGAUCGGGAAGAUCUGGCUCAGCGUGCUCUUCAUCUUCCGCAUUCUCAUCUUGGGCUUGGCCGGGGAGUCCGUCUGGGGGGACGAGCAGUCGGAGUUCGUGUGUAACACCGAGCAGCCAGGCUGCACCAACGUCUGCUAUGACAAAGCCUUCCCCAUCUCCCACAUCCGUUACUGGGUGCUCCAGUUUAUCUUCGUCAGCACCCCAACCCUGAUUUACCUCGGCCAUGUUGUCUAUCUCUCCCGGAAGGAGGAGAAGUUGAAGCAAAAGGAGAGCGAGCUCCGGGCUAUCCACAGCAAGGACCCGAACAUUGAGCAGGCCCUGGCAGCCGUGGAGAAGAAGAUGUCCAAGAUCUACAUGAUGGAGGAUGGGCAGCUCAAGAUCCGUGGGGCACUGAUGUGGACGUACAUUAUCAGUGUGAUCUGCAAGAGCAUUUUUGAAGCUGGCUUCCUUGUUGGCCAGUGGUACCUGUACGGCUUCUCCAUGGUGCCCCGCUAUGUGUGCAAGAGGGACCCUUGCCCCCAUCAGGUGGACUGCUUCAUCUCCCGCCCUACCGAGAAGACCAUCUUCAUCAUCUUCAUGCUGGUGAUGGGCCUGAUCUCCUUCAUCCUGAACCUCCUGGAGCUUUUCCACCUCUGCUGCAAGAACAUGCUUAGUAACAUCAAAAAGGUGUCAGUGCCAACCACCCCGAGCCCGGACACCUUUGCUGAUGACAUGGUCUCAGGUCCCUACGCCCCCAAGCACUACCCCUUCCUGCCCAUGGCUGAGAGCCACACAAUGUCCUACCAAACCUACAACAAGCUCUCCAGCGAGCAGAACUGGGCCAACUUCCACAAUGAGGAGAACCUGGUGCUGGGCAGCAGAUCCUUGUCAGACCCCUAUGCCCCCAGGGCUGCCGAAGCCCCUGCCCCAGAGGACAAGCUGUGCAGCCGGCCCGGGAGCUCAGCCUCCAAAAAGCAGUAUGUCUAGUGCUGGGCUGGCCCCGGCCAGCCGAGGGGACCUUCCUUGGUCCCUUGUGCUGCAAAGGUGCUGGCCAUGGCCAGGCAGCUCCCUCCUGCCUGCUGCUGUGCUGGACAGUGGGUCACCCUCCGGAGAUUCUGCCCACAGAGACCUGCCUGCUCCUGGGACGUGAGGCUGGGGAGCAGGGCUGAGCGCUGCCCCGGAGCGGAGCCUCCGCAGACCCGGCAAGGAAGGAAACUCUGGAAAGUUCCCCGGGACGCUGUGUCCCGUGUGCCUGGCCACGGGAAAGGGAGAAAUCCCUGGGGCUGUUUGGCUGGGAACAGGCUGUCUCUGGGGCUGGGGUGGGAGGUUGCUGCCAUUUGGGAGCCACAGCUCGGCCAGACCCAGGGGCUUGCUGGAGCCCCCACUGGAACUAGAGCCGGGCGUGCGGCCGUGGGAAGCCACUUGCCUCCACAGGGAUUGGGAUCCCGGGAGGGCUGUGGGGAGCUGGGCCGGAGCAGCACUGCCUGACAGGGCCUUGGCCACCAGCCCCGUCCUGUUCCUGUAACUGUGACAUGAAGCCAGCAGCUCCUGCCUGGGGUCUGUGCAGGAGCAGCCCCUGUCCCAUGGGGGGUUAAGCCAGCAGCAGCUCAUAGCCAGGGCUCUGCAGUGAUCAGCUGAUCCCAAUGGCUGCAGGGUCACUGCUUGUGUGCCCUGGGAGUGUGAGCCCCCCCCUCUUAGUCCUGGCCCUGGACCCUUUCCCAUGUGAUAUGUGCCUCUAAGUUAUUUUUAACUUGUUGGCCUGAGCACAGAGUUUUCUUGCCUUAAAGGUGCAGCUGUGUGGGGGAACUGGGGAGCUGUUCCAGCCUGGUUACACGCCCUUGAGCCCUGUGCUUUUUUGGGGAGGAAUUAGCUUAAUAACUGCUGGUUUGGGGUGGAGGGUUAUUUGUUUUAUUACUUUGCACUAAGUCAUCUCCUGCUGUCGGUCAAGGUGCUGGGGGGGGCAUGGAAGAACCAACUGCUGCUCCAUAUUCCCCAGCCCAUCAAUGCUGUGAAAGUGGAAGGUCCUGCUGUGACUGAGGGGCUGCGGGUCCUGUGUGACCCAGGCACGAGCAUGGGAUGUGGACAUUGCCCUCAGUGCUGUUUCCUCCCCUCCACCCCGCUCAGCAGACUCAGUGUUGCAUCAUGUUGAAUAAAGUUGAAUGAAGGAAAAAAGUUGAA